UGCUGUACGACGACACGACUUUUGUGAUGGAGCACAGAUACAAGUCUCUGCUCGUCAACCUGCCCGUGCGCCACAUCAUCAGCGCCAUGGACAAGACCGAGGCCGGGCUGCGGAACCAGACAGCCCGCAUCCGGGACGCCGACGUGUCCACCUUCUUCCUGGUGGGCUCCAAGGACAGCAUCACGAGGGCCCUGUCUGUAGCGACGGCGGAGAAUAUGUUUGGGAAAAAGUACGCCUGGUUCGCUCUCACCAAGGACACUGCUGGCCUGUCUUGUGCCUCCUGUCGCAAUGCCACCCUGGUGUACAUGAGACCCACGCCCACUGCCGCCGAGUUCGCGGGCAAAGUGCAGCAGCUGGGCCAGGCCAACGGGCUCACGGCCACGCCGACCAUCGACGCCGCCUUCUACUUUGACAUCAUCCUCACGGCGUUUCGAGCAGUCACGAAACUCGUCGACGACGGGUCCUUCAAGAAUUACACGGUGACAACGUGCGCAGCCUACGACAAGAAUGCCCAGCCGUUGGACAGGAUGACCAUUGACUUGAGGGCAGCAGCCAAGGCGAUGACUAGCAACCCGGCCACGGACCUGACCUACGGCCGCUUCGUGUGGGACAGGAAUGGCAAGUCGUUCCAGGAGCUCAAGUUGACGCUGGACAAGUUCAAGUUCAGUUCCGGCGCCGCCAUGGCGUCCGACGGAGAGCGGCUCGGCGUGUGGCUGUCGGGCCUGUUGUCUGGCGUCAUGACGAUGGAGCCCGGCAAGAACCUGUCCGAGUUCCAGGCCAUCUCCGUGUACAGAGUGACGACAGUCAUUACUCCUCCCUUCAUGAUGAAACGCGUGCAUCCCAACGGGACUGUCGAGUACUACGGCUACUGCGUCGACCUCAUCAACGCCAUCCGCAACAUCGUCGUGUUCGACUACGAGUUGUACGAGGCGCCCGACGGCAAGUUCGGCUCCAUGAGCGACAGCAGCGAGUGGAGUGGCAUGAUUAAAGAGUUGAUAGACAAGAAAGCCGACAUUGCUCUCGCUCCUCUCUCCGUCAUGGCCGAGCGAGAGAACGUCGUGGACUUUACCGUGCCCUACUACGACCUGGUCGGCAUCACGAUCCUCAUGAAAAAGUCCAAGGCCACCACGUCGCUCUUCAAGUUCCUCACGGUGCUGGAGACGGACGUGUGGUUCUGCAUCCUGGCCGCCUAUUUCUUCACCAGUUUCCUGCUCUGGAUCUUUGAUCGCUACAGUCCCUACAGCUACCAAAACAACAGGCUCAAGUACGAGGACGACGACGAGAAGCGAGAGUUCAACCUCAAAGAGUGCCUCUGGUUCUGCAUGACGUCACUCACCCCGCAGGGCGGCGGAGAGGCGCCCAAGAACCUGAGCGGGCGCCUCGUGGCUGCCACCUGGUGGCUCUUUGGCUUCAUCAUCAUCGCGUCCUACACUGCCAACUUGGCCGCCUUCCUCACCGUGUCCCGUCUGGACACGCCGAUCGAGUCCCUGGACGACCUGUCCAAGCAGUACAAGGUCCGCUACGCGCCCAUGAACGGCUCGUCGAGCAUGACCUACUUUGAGAGGAUGGCCUACAUCGAGUCUAAAUUUUACGAAAUAUGGAAAGACAUGAGUCUCAACGACAGCAUGAGCGAGGUGGAGCGGGCCAAGCUGGCCGUGUGGGACUACCCGGUGAGUGACAAGUACACCAAGAUGUGGCAGUCCAUGCAGGAGACGGGCCUGCCCAAGACGUUCGCCGACGCCCUGGCCAAAGUGCGGGACUCGGACUCGGGUUCCGGCUCGGACGGGUUUGCGUACUUGGGAGAUGCAACUGACAUCAGGUACCAGGUGCUGACCAACUGCGACCUGCAAAUGGUGGGCGACGAGUUCAGCCGCAAGCCAUACGCCAUUGCCGUGCAACAGGGCUCUCCACUCAAGGAGCAGUUUAAUGACGCCAUUUUGAAGCUGCUCAACCUUCGAGAACUCGAGUCGCUCAAGGAAAGGUGGUGGAACCAGAACCCCGAGAAGAUGAACUGCGACGACUCGGACGAUCAGAGUGACGGCAUCAGCAUUUACAACAUUGGCGGAGUGUUCAUCGUCAUCUUCGUCGGCAUCGUGCUGGCCUGCUUCACGCUGGCCUUCGAGUACUGGUACUACAAGUACCGGAAGCCGAAUGCAGGCGGUGUCCUGAUGGCGUCCAGCACGGCGUCGGAGAAGGUGUUUGCUGUGCGCGAGGCGGCGGAUCCGUAUUCGAGGCCAACAGCAGCAGCAGCAGCAGGGGACUUGAUGAACAACGCAGCAGGGGCACAUCACCGGAGGACCAACUUCAACACUGAUUUCCAGUCAGCCUGGAAAUGAUGGGGAUACAUCAUACGUGCAGCAAAACACACACACGCAACAAGAAAAGAAAGAAAGAAAGAAACGAAUGAAUCAACACAGAGACGGACCAUGCAAAUAUAUACGUGCACAGCAGCAUCAGCAUCUUGCGGAGGAUCAAACAGAAAAGCAACGAAGAGGGCGGAGGAGGAGGAGAUUGCACUAACUUUACAUUAUCCGUGCUUUGCGUACUGCUCCGUGUUUUUCGUUAUUUCAAAUUUGUAAAAUAAGGCAGGCAGGCAGACUUGCGGAUGACGAAGAGAGAGACACUGACAGACAGACAGAAACAGCACAACAUAAACAAGUGCAGAUUUAUGCGGAUAGAGUCAGUUGCAGUACAGUACAGCAGUAUAUACUUAUUAUUGAGACACACGGUCAUCAGCAAUAGAUGACGAACUUCAUGCAUAUAUUGUAUAACAAAUGAAAGGAAAUGACCAUAUACAGUAUAGUAAUUCUUGAAGUAUUCCUUUAAUUCCGUGGAUUUUUGGUUUCGACGUGAGAAGUACACUUAUAUAUAUAUGUAUAUAUAUAUUGGAACAUCAGGAUGUGCAGCAGGAGUGCAGUACAUGUUCAUCGUGCAGCAGUUGUUUGUGCACAACGCAAGAGUAUUGCAAGAGCAAGACAUAUUUUAGGAGAUGCGGAAAAAGUAUUUUGCGUCGUCUUUCUAUUAUAUUGUACUUGCAUGUACGCAUUUCUUCAGCACCAGCAACCACAACCAAAAUGUGUUUCUUCCCUUCUUUCUUUCUUUCUUUUUAUUAAUUUUUUUAUUUUCCUAUCUCAAUAAUGACCCAGGGAUUAAGAUGCGCGGAAACGCUUAGUACUGUACUCUGUAUGUAAAAGACUGGAUAUAGGCUGUAAAUGAUGUCCGCGUCACAUUCAAGCAGGUGCGCAGUGUCUUUCCUACUACAAUACAGUAUACAGUAUUUAUUGGUGUAUUUAGCACCGAUAAUGAAGAAAUUACCUUGCUGAUUAAAGACUUGCCUGUCUAUACAGUGGUGAUGAUGAUGAUGCUGAUGAUGAUGGUUGUCUUGCUUUGAAUAAAUGCCUGCCCGCUAUCAGCAUCAGCAGCAAAUGCCGAUAAGUGGAAUAAAAACCCACAGCAGACGUGUUGUGUGUGAUGUGUAUCCUGGC